UUGUCUCCUGCUCUAGCAACACAGAUCUCAUACUCAUAGAUUUUCCAGUUUGCCACCAUGAGUCCCAAGAACGUAAUCUUCAAGAAGAUGGCCAAGGACAAGUCGGUUGGAGUAUACAUGGCGAAGAGGGACUUUGUGGAUCGUGUGGACUCUGUCGAGCCAGUGGAUGGUGUCAUACUGGUUGACCCUGAGGUCCUCAAAGGAAAAAAAGCGUUCGUCCAGCUGUCCUGCACGUUCCGGUACGGUCGUGAAGAUAUGGACGUGAUGGGAAUUGCCUUCCGUAGGGAGAUCUACAUAGCCAUCCGUCAGGUGUAUCCGCCCAUACAGGACAGGGAGCAGUCCACACACACCAAGAUGCAGGGCAAACUGCUGCGCAAACUGGGAGACAAUGCCUUCCCUUUCUUUUUCGAGUUCCCUGAUAACCUGCCUUGUUCAGUGGGUUUGCAGCCUGGCCCUAAUGAUUCUGGGAAGCAAUGUGUCGUGGAGUUUGAGGUCAAAGCCUUCAGUGCGGAGAGCCAGGAGGCCAAAGUCCGCAAACGGAGUACCGUGCAUCUGAUGAUCCGGAAGCUGCAGUAUGCCCCGGAGAAUAGCGGGACGGCCCCCUCUGUGAAGACCACCCGUGAGUUUGUCAUGUCCGACAAGCCCCUGCACCUGGAGGCGAGUCUUGACAAGGAGAUCUACUACCAUGGAGAGCCCAUUAAUGUGUGUGUCAACGUCACAAACAGCUCCAACAAGAAUGUGAAGAACAUCAUUGUCUCUGUGGACCAGGUGGCCACUGUGGUGUUGUAUUCCAAUGACAGCUACGUGAGGGCAGUGGCCUUAGAGGAAUCUGGGGAUGCUGUUGCUGCUGGUGCAAGCCUGAAGAAAGUGUACUCCCUCACUCCCCUAUUGGUCUGCAACCGGGAGAGGCGGGGCAUAGCUCUUGAUGGCAAGUUGAAGCAUGAAGACACUAAUCUGGCAUCGUCUAGCAUUGUUAAAGAAGGUGUGCUGAAGGAGGUUCUAGGAAUCCUGGUGUCAUACAGAGUCAUGGUUAAGCUCAUCAUUGGCGGAAUAUUGGGAUCUAGUGAGGUGGGAGUAGAGCUGCCACUCACACUGAUGCACCCAAAACCUGACCUAGUGAGGGAAAGCGAGCUGGAAGAGGAGAUGGUGUUUGAGGAGUUCAAGCGCUCCUACAUGAAGGGGAUGGCCGACGAUGAAGAGGAGGGCAACGUGUCUACAGGAGACGCCGCUUCCUGAGCAGGGCCCCUCGUCGCUGGCCAGGCAGCCUCUGUCACAGCACCCCUUGUGGUUGCCUCCAGUACUCCAUGCAACGAGAAUGGAAAACGGGGAUAGUAUUGAGUAAAAAGUAUAACGAUAGCAGUCAAAACAAUUGUGGUUAGGUGUUUGAGUCACCCUUAGAGGUAGUUUAGAACAUUGCUGGUGGAUAAUUUAUAGUUUAUUCACAGCUUAGGGGGUCUGUAUUUCAGCCUCACCAUCAGUAGACUCUUUCAGCUUUGUAAUCGGCAGGAUUUCACUCACUGUCUUAUGGUCACCGUGAGCACUGGGUAAUGUAACAUCCAUCCCUGUCUUUAAUAAAGAGUUUGGCAGCCAUGUUGUGAGGUGAAUGGUGGCCAUUUUGAGUCAUGUAAAAGAUGCUCUGUUACAUUGACUAUUAUUAGCGUUAUCUAGUAGAUAAAAGUGUAGUGCACUAGAUAACUGGACAUAUAUUUGUGCUUGCAGUGAAGACCAACUGUCUUGUACUUGCGUUAUGGUAUUAAAAGCUAGAGAUGUUCUCACAAAA